UUAACUCAAAUGGACGAUGAAUGCAAUAUUGACAGACAAGUAAGAAGUAAUUCGGUUUUUUCUUCUGCUGUGGACUCACAAAUUGACUGGAAUGGUUUGGAAUUGAAUUUAUUUUUUAAAAUUUAAUUUCUAGAACUUUUCGCAAGAAUGGAUAAGCAUCAAGGAAGUGUGGAUGACUUUAAGAAGUUAAUGUAUAAAGUUCAAAGUAAACGCAGAGAAUUUGUUUGUGCCUUUCUUAGAGACUACGAGGCGACAACUAAUACUGAAAAUGCUGACAAAACUUUGUUAUCAAGUUUAAUUGAAUGUCUCCAAUUAUUUCGCAAAGUUUACUUAAUUUUAUCAAAUUCUGAGAAUUAUCAAAAGGAUGUGAUAUCAAACAGCGAAAAAAUGCGAAUUAACAUUAAAGACGAAAUUAUUGGACUUCAAAAAGAUUUGGUUCUUCUCGAUAGACUUCAUUCAAUUCACAAUACAACCAAUAAUUAUGUUAAAAAGUUGUUUGAAAUUAUUGACUUUUCUGGUGUUUUAGCUCCAUAUCAUCCAACAAGUUCUCAAGUAUUUUUUGAAGAACAGGCAAAAUGUGUCAAUUUUUUGAAACGUUUUGUCGAUAAUUCCGAAUCAGGUAGAAAGCCUAUAAUGAUAACUGACUGGGAUGGGACAAUGAAAGAUUAUUGCUCACAAUAUGUUACAAACUUGCAGCCAAUUUAUAGUGCCCUUAGUAUGGCUAUUUUUUCAAAUAAAUGUACUCGAGUUACUGCUGUCUUAACUGCUGGACCGUUACGAGGACCGGGUAUUCUUGAUUUGACAUCAUUACCUAAAGAUGGACCUGUUGUUUUUGGUGGAUCUUGGGGACGUGAAUGGUGGUUGGAUGGGAAAAGUUGUACACGAGGAGGGUAUUUUAAAAUUAUUUUUUUAAAAAUAAUUUGUUUAGGUAUUUCUGAUGCUGGAAUGGAUGCAUUAGAAAGGCUUUCGGAUGAAAUGUCAACACUUUUGCAGAAGCAAGAAUUUUCUCAUUUUGGACUUAUUGGAAGUGGAGUACAACGUAAAGUUGACCGUCUUACACUUGGUGUUCAAACAGUUUGUAAGCAUGUUAGCCCUGACCUUUCAAUGAAAUAUCAAGAAGAAGUCAAGGAGAGAUUACACAGAGUUGAUCCUAAUGAAGAGAUUCUCCAUUUUGACCCAUCAACAGAACUUGAAGUAGAAGUUGUUGUACAUAGUGAUGGAAUUAUUUGGAAUAAAGCAAAUGGAAUUGAUCAUUUAAUCCAAACAAUAAGUGAUACAAUUGAGAAAGAUAAAGUUUUAAUUUGUGGAGAUACUCAUUCUGAUUUACCUAUGGUUGUACAUGCUUUGGAGAAGAAUAAAAAGGGUGCAAUGUUUAUUUUUGUUACAAUGAAGGAAUCUCUUAAAGAGAAAGUUGUUGAAAUUGUUGGAGACUCUAAUAAUUGUUGUUUUGUUUCAUCUCCAGAUGUUAUUCAUGCUGCGGUUUUUCUUUUAAAUUUUUUUUUAAUUUUUAAAAAUCUUUUUUAUAAAGAUGAUGACUUUGCUCACAACGACUUGAUUGAUCUUAUUAUUCUUUAUUUAGACAAGUUUUUUUUCUAUCUUUUUAGACUUCAAUUAGGAAUGUUGGCGAUCGGUUAUUAA